AUGGCUUUUCUUAGCCAACUGACUGGACAUCUUCAGAAUUUGAAAGAGAAGACAGUCAAUAUAGCUGAAGGUGCUCCAGCUCAUCUUCAAAGCUUAAAAGAUGGGGCUCCGAAACUCUUGGAGAGCGCCAUGAAUGCUAAGAAUGGCCUUCUAAAUAAGGUUAAACUAGAUUCAUUGGGUAAAGUAUUAAGCAUGCCAGCAUUGGGAAGAAAUCAAUCACCAAUUGACAUUGUUCCCGUAAUUACAGCAUUUGGUGAGCAUUUACAGAAUGCUGAAUUUAGAGUUGAAUAUCAUAAUACUGGAGACUUCAAAGCUGUUAAUACUGGAUCAACUGUGGCCAUUAUUCGUGAAGGCAAUGAUAGUGAAUUGGCAUGCUCAUUCUUACCAGAAGAGCAAUAUCAUUUGGAUCAAAUCAGCUGGCAUUGGGGUACAGAGCCUAUGAAUGGCUCUGAACAUACUAUUGGAGGAGUUGGUUAUGCUGGUGAGCUUCAUCUCGUUCAUCGUAAUACGAGAUUUUCAAAUAUGGAAAUGGCACUUAAACAACCAAAUGGUGUCCUAGCCAUUGCCAUCUUCCUCAAUGAAUCACAUGAUGAUAAUGCAAGCAUAACACCAUUUAUGGAACUCUUACCUCAUAUAACAUACAAAGGAAAUGAAUAUAACAUUCCCUCUUUCAACUUUUCGGCUCUGUUCCCGACUCAAGAGAAAACCAAAGAAUUCUGGAUGUACGAAGGAUCAGAGACUGUUGAGCCAUUCAGAGAGACUGCCAAUUGGAUCGUUUUUCGCUCAGCUUUUCCUAUAAGCUCUCAUCAGCUUGAAAAGCUACGUGAAGUUCGUGCUGGCGGUUAUGACGAGGAAAAAGAACGUCCAAUGGUGUCCAUUCGUCAAACUCAAGCACCUAAUUCACGAAUCGUAAUCAGUAGCUUUCGCUCCGCAGCUGGAGCACCCGAUCUCGGAUUCAGCAGCAGCAGUUCCGGAAACAAGCAAUAA